GCGGCGCCGGGCCCGCGAUAGGGGCUGGAGGGCGGCGCGGCGGGCGGAGAGCCGGGCGGCACCUUGCAGCGGGCGGGAGGUGCAGUGACUUCAACAAACUGAUCUCCUCCUACGUCUGGUGUAGCUGUGUUUGGUUUUGAAGACUUGAAAUCCUUCUAAACGCUACUCCAUCCGCACCUCCUGCGGCCAUAGUAACGGCUUCUGCAACUGAAGAUGUCUAACAAUGGAGUUGAAACAGAAGACAAACCGCCUGCUCCUCCGAUGAGAAAUACCAGCACUAUGAUUGGAUCAGGGAGCAAAGAUACUGGGACUUUAAACCAUGGCUCCAAACCUUUGCCUCCCAACCCAGAAGAAAAGAAGAGGAGGGACCGAUUUUACCGAUCUAUUUUACCAGGCGAUAAAACCAAUAAAAAGAAAGAGAAGGAGCGGCCAGAGAUCUCCCUCCCUUCAGACUUCGAACACACGAUUCAUGUGGGGUUUGAUGCAGUCACAGGAGAAUUCACAGGAAUGCCGGAGCAAUGGGCCCGAUUACUGCAGACAUCCAACAUCACCAAGUCGGAGCAGAAGAAGAACCCCCAGGCAGUGCUGGAUGUGCUGGAGUUCUACAACUCCAAAAAGAUCUCCAACAGCCAGAAGUACAUGAGUUUCACAGAUAAGUCAACGGAGGAUUACAAUUCAUCAAAUACAUUGAAUGUGAAGGCUGUGUCUGAGACCCCCGCAGUGCCCUCAGUAUCUGAAGAUGAAGACGAUGAAGAUGAUGCAGCUCCACCCCCUGUGAUAGCUCCACGACCUGAACAUACAAAAUCUAUAUACACUCGCUCUGUGAUUGACCCGCUUCCUCCUCCUACGAGAGAUGUGGCCACCUCUCCUAUUUCUUCCCCCACUGAAAACAACACAACACCCCCUGACAUGCUGAUUAGGAACACCGAGAAACAGAAGAAAAAGCCAAAAAUGUCGGAUGAAGAGAUACUGGAAAAACUGAGGAGUAUCGUGAGUGUGGGUGAUCCAAAAAAGAAGUACACACGUUUUGAGAAGAUUGGACAAGGAGCCUCAGGUACAGUUUACACAGCAAUGGAUGUAGCUACAGGACAGGAGGUUGCAAUCAAACAGAUGAAUUUGCAGCAGCAGCCCAAAAAAGAACUGAUUAUUAAUGAAAUUCUUGUAAUGAGGGAAAACAAAAACCCCAACAUUGUCAACUACUUGGACAGUUAUCUUGUAGGAGAAGAGCUGUGGGUAGUCAUGGAGUACUUGGCAGGAGGCUCCCUAACAGAUGUUGUGACAGAGACCUGCAUGGACGAAGGACAAAUCGCAGCAGUGUGCCGGGAGUGUCUCCAGGCUCUGGAAUUUCUCCAUUCAAACCAAGUUAUUCACAGAGACAUCAAGAGUGACAACAUCCUGCUGGGAAUGGAUGGCUCUGUCAAACUAACUGACUUCGGCUUCUGUGCCCAGAUCACUCCUGAGCAGAGCAAGCGCAGCACCAUGGUGGGAACUCCAUACUGGAUGGCGCCUGAAGUGGUGACCCGGAAGGCAUAUGGGCCCAAAGUGGAUAUCUGGUCGCUGGGGAUCAUGGCCAUUGAGAUGAUCGAAGGAGAGCCCCCCUACCUCAAUGAGAACCCCCUGAGAGCCUUGUAUCUCAUUGCUACUAAUGGGACUCCAGAACUGCAGAAUCCAGAAAAGCUUUCACCCAUAUUCCGAGAUUUCCUAAACCGCUGUCUUGAAAUGGAUGUGGAAAAGAGAGGUUCUGCAAAAGAACUGCUGCAGCACCAGUUCCUGAAAAUUGCAAAGCCUCUAUCUAGUCUCACUCCUCUGAUUAUUGCAGCUAAAGAAGCAGCAAAGAACAACCAUUAAAGUGUUGGAGUUCAACAUAGUCGUCACGUCAAGCCUUUUAGAUGUUCAUUUCAAAGACUAAAUUACUUGCCCCCCCCUCCCUCCCGCUCCUCUUUCGCAGGGGUGCUCUUAAGACUUCGAUCUGCCCAGAAGGGUGGCAGAGGUAGCAUUAGCCGAAUGUUGCUGGGCACGCAAGAGGGACAUUGCUGAUCUUACGUAGCAAACUGUCUUUCCAUCCCCUCGGUGGGGGUGAGAGGGGAAGAUCAUUUUGUACGGUUGAAAAGAUCUUUCCGAGAAUGUCUGAACCUGACCUACAAGUAGCAGAGCCACUUUGUUUUCAUAUUUCUUAUUGUGUUUAUUUUUAAAAAAUAAAUGUGGAGCCUUAGACUAUGUUUAUCUUAAUAAAUUAAAUCUUUUGCUGGCUGGACUUUUCAUGCUUGUGCCAAGCUGCUGUUACACCACUGAGGCUGCUCUGUGCUUUGGAUGACUUGAGGAGGGAAGGAAGCAGCCAGCAGAAACCUGAACAGCUGCAGCCAGUGAAAGGGGGAACAAGAGCAGGAAUACGAAGGCCCCUUGCAGCACUGCUGGAUGCUUUGAGAGCGCAUGGAGAAAGCUUGUGCGUGCUUCCUGCAGCCACUGGAGAGCUUAAUUCAUGGAUGAUCUUUCUGCCAAAUUUUGUGAAUCAGACCCUCCGCACCCUAGUUCCAACUCGACUAGUUAAACAGAUCUCCUAAGCAUUUCUGAUACUCUAGAAGGUAAAUUACGGGAGAAAUUGUCAGAGACAAUUUAAGGUUGUUGUAUCAGUGCUGUGAGGCUUGUUAGAGACUGCUGCCCUGUGUGAUAAAGCAAACACAAUAACCAUCUUUAUAAAGAUAAGAUUUGCCUGCAAAAUUACAUUGAAAACUCUUGUUUCUUAGAUCAAGUCCAACGGAAGAGAGACUGACCACAGACGCUGCUUUCUUGAAAGCCUGGGGACAGUGUUAAUUUUUGAAAUGAAAGAGUAACCUGAUUUCUUUAUGCUACUGACUCUAAAUCCUUUGGUUGCUGUAGUCUAUAAAACAGGAAAUACAGAACUACAGGAGAGAUCUGUCAUAAACACUGUAUACUGAUUUUUAAUAAAAUGACUGCUGCAUUUCUGAACUUGCGGCUGUGGGAGGACUGGAGAAUUCACUGUCACCAAAGAAUCGUUAGGUGGGAUUACUGUUAAUGUCAUUGUCACUGGGUGCUUGAAUGAGAUGGGUGAAGUGAUACAAACUUGCCUCUUACCCCUUCUGUAGCUCUACAGGAUUCAAAGUUUGAAGGCUUUGAAGGGAGUAACUUCACACCGAGGAACUGGAUAAAAGAUUGUAUUAUAACUGGGGGAGCUGCUUUAUCUGACUGUACUGCUCUCUACACAUAUCACUUUGGUCAUUUAUGGGGGAAAGUUUAAACCAGUUUUGGAGUAAUCUCUUCUCCCUCUCCAAAGCAGCUGUGUUGCACAGAAACUCGAUCCUGCUUCUUGCUGAGACCUGCUAGUGGAUCAGCCUUUUCCUCUCUGCCUCUAGGCAUUGAUUCAAUUAUAUUUUUCCCACUCCCUCUGCAAUACGUGACAGCUCCUACACUGGUCUUGCAGAUGCAGCUAAAGAAGUCUGUAAAAUCUCUUGCUUCUGUGGUGUGUGUAAUGCUAAUUUGAAACCUUGCCUUUUGGGAAAUGGACUUGUGUUUGGGAACAGGUCAGUUCCAUUCAUGAUGUGUGUUCUGCAGCAAGUUGUGGGCCUCUCCUAUUACCGUACGCUUGUACCAGGCAGCAGUGUUUGAAUCUACAAUUCAUCUUGCUCCUGACGUGCCAGCAUAGCUGGGGCUAAUUCUAGCAUCAAUGUGGGCUGGAAAAUGCUGGCCGCAGACUAACGUGCAGCUGGAUGGAGACCUUAGACCGCCCUGGAGCACAAAGGAAUAGGGGAAGACUGUGAGUCACAUCAGAGCUCCAGGGUGGUUGCUGUUUGACAUGAGGCUGUGAUGUUUGAUGUCCCUUGCCAAAAUCUGCACCCUUUGCCUCUUUGUGUAUAUUUUUCGUCCUACUGCAAUAUUCAGCGUUUCCCCUGACAAAGCUUGCAUCCAAGGAUAAAUUUAUUGGGUGAAAGCUGCCAGCCUGAGGGGGGGGAUCAGAUCUAGUGAUGAACUUUUGUCUCAUUGGUAGUGCUUCCCAUUUGAAUUGGUCGUGACUGGUUUCUAAUGGCUGCUGGAGAGAGAGUAUACCAAAAAGCCUUUUUUUUCUCCACUGGGAAGCUGUAAGACUCUGACUGUAGACAUGUGUCAUCUUGUCCCAGGCUAUUUUUUUUUUGCCCACGGAUGAUAUGGAAGGAGUUAUCUUGCUGCAGUGUCAUCAGGCCCGAUUUCUAGUUAUCAGACAUGUUGUGUUUUUAUGUUCUCAGGAAAUCUUGAAAGGUUUGUAAUUACCUUAAGCUUAGGAGACUAGGAGGAGUUGUUUUUGUUGUUCUGUUUUUCUCUCCGCUCUCUAUCUGUGCAUCAGCACAGCUUCAGUACCUGUGUUAGCCUUUGCAUAUCCUCUUAAAGCAGUUUUCUUGUCUUAAAUAGUGACUGUCUGACUUAAAAAUUAACCUGUGUGGCUUAUUUUUCUAAGAACAUCCUGACUCUGCUGUGAUUUGAAGGCUACUUAGAAAGCUCUCCAUCUAGAGAACUUUUUUGGUAGCUUGUGUUUUACAUACUGAAUGAAUUAAUCUGAUUCUACUGAGCUGAAACUAUUUUUAAUCACGGCCUUUAAUUAUUUAUUUGCUUAUUAAUAUUAAAAUGUCUCCUCUUUAUUAGAACAUGAAAUAUUUAAUUCUUUGACUAGCCAGUCUGAAAAUCUGUUUCUUUUUCCUUUCUUUUUCCUCUUCCUUCCUUAUCGAGACAUCUCAAGCAAUUCUACUAAGUUACGUACAGAAAUGGUAUAAAGUGCCCCAGCUUACAAAGGCAGCUAGCUAGCUAAGCAUCCAGGGCCUGCUGGAGAGAGAUGCUAUUGUCUCUGUUUCAAAAUGCUCUGAAGAUUAUCUUGUUUAAGAAGCAAAUCAUGGCUUCCACAAGAUGCUUCCUGUAUUUAAAGAAGUGAUGUGGGCUUGUAUUUAGCCCUCGAUUUUCUUUAAACAAAAGAUUGCUUUGGGGUCUGCCAGGGCUGAGUCUGUGUAUGAGAGAGGGGUAUAAGACCCCUGGGUACCUUUAAAAAGGCAGACUGUAAUGCUGAGGGAGAAGAUCCAGGGCAGAGAUGGAGGGAGACUGAAGGACUUACUAGUGCAGUUGCAGCAGCAAUAGCAUACCUUUAGCCAUCGCUAGAAUGUCUUAAUUAAACAGACAUGUUUUUAAAGGACAUAAAUCUGACCGAUUAGUUGUUACAGGCUCUUCUCUGGACAGACGUUAUGCCCCUACCAAACUGCAUUCUCCUUUUAAACAAAAGGGGUGCAUGGCUUUCCUGAGAAAGGCUCUUUGAGAAAGGAAGUUUCCAUGGAGACACUUACUUGACUUAAGCGAUCUGCUUGGAGCUUGAGAAGAGACUUGGGAGUAAACACCGCAUCAAGACAAAAGCCAGUAUUUUGCGAAGCAACGGGGGUUGCCUCAGUGUUUUGUUUCCAACUUGAUGCCCCUUUUCAGAGGUCUGGUUUUCAGAAAGUGCCAAAAAUUUUGCCUGGUCAAAGAUGUGAGGCACGUAAAAGGCAGUCACUUCUUAGCCAAUAUCUCAGGAAAUGUCCUAAUACAUCUGUGUCUCAAAAUACUGCAGAUUGGUAUAGGUAGGCCAUGUUUACAGCAAGGUAUGAUGCAAGGACAGACUGAAGUGGCUGGUAGGUAGGUACUUGGUUUCUUAAAAGUUUGACAUCAUUACUUGACGAUAAAAUUGGUCCAGACCAAAAUGCAAGAAAAAUACUUGUUUGAGCAUCAUUCCUAAUUAAGAGUUUGCACAAUCCAUUUCCACAGUAGUUACCAACAUCUUCAAUGUUGAAAUUGUUAAAGGUGAAGUCUGACUCGCAAAUCCUCUUCCCAGCAUAAAAUAAUGAGCCUGUUCAAUGGCUUUUUUGUAUUUUGACAGUAUUGGAAAGCCUGUAGAUGUAUUUUUGGUUCAUAAACACACCAGAUCAACCAUAUGGACAAUUACUGCUCUCAUCUCAGUGUUUGUUGCUAAUGACAGUUCACCAAAUCAAGCAUGGGACAUUCGGGAAGCAGCUGCCAGCCUCGGCAGGGAAUAGCAAGUGGUGACAAAAGAAAGCAAACGUACCCGAAAACUGAACGGAAACAGGCCAAAAUGGAUGCCUGCAAAAAGUGGUAGGAGAGCUACAGAAGAAGAUGCGGAGUUGGGCCACGGGGUGCAGGGGCAGAAGGAAGCAAAGGUUAAAGACCUCGGUUCCAUGACGGCUUGCUGAGAAACUCCGGGGAGCGUCACAGCUGCCUGCUGUGUAGCGAGGUAGAAAAUCCUCUGAAGAAAGGCAGCAGUGAGGAGUAGGAACCUUUCAUGUGAAAUGAAGAGGUUCUCAAAGCGGCUGGAGAGCGAAGCGGAGACUGCGGAGCAGCAACAUAGCUUUGAGUUACAGCACAUGCUAGGAGAGCUGGAGCUAACCCAAGAGGUUUGCAGAAAUGACAUCAUUCAGCUGAAAAGAAAACUGGGAAGCAGAGUGAAGGAGGUAGCCUUGUCGUGACGGGAAAUGAAGAGAGACACCAGAUUCGACCGGUACAUGAAACUGCAAGCAAAUUUAACACGGGCGUUGGGAUGACAAGAAAGUCAUUCCCUCUUCCCUUGCAGGAUUGGUAUGGCGUCUUUUCGCUCUCAGCGCUGCUUUGGGAUCUUAUCAGCACCAGUUGUGCUUUGGGCUCUUAUUUACAAUGAAGACUUUGUCAGUCAACAACUGCUGUUUUCGGACCAACUCCAUCUUGCCGACAGACAUCUUUGUGCCACGUUUAACCCGAAAAUAUGACAGGCCGUUACCAUUUUAAAAUCAGCUAGAUUAUUUCUUUCUCUUUCUUCCUACUGCCUUGGUUUAACUCUCCUACAGUGCCAUGUUUGUUUAAUGUAUGAGGUCAGCUCAGCAGUUUCAAAAACAAAACUGAAACUUUAAAUAAAACCUAAAUGAAUUACCUGA